AUGUGGGGAGCGCCGGCCGCCCCGCGGGGCCACCUCGUUCCCCCCUGCUUGCUGCCGGUGACCUGGCUCCUGGCUCUGCAUGCAGGUCUACUGGCGGGGGUGAACAUCACCAGCCCCACGCCUCUGGUCCGCGGCACGGCGGGCAAAGCGGCGCUGCUGUCGGUGCGCUACGCCAGCGCCAGCGCCGACAAGCCGGUGGUCAAGUGGCAGCUGAAACGUGACAAACCCGUCACCGUCGUCCAGUCCAUCGGCACCGAGAUCAUCGGCAACUUGCGGCCCGAUUACCGCGACCGCAUCCGGGUGCUGGAGAACGGCUCGUUGCUCAUCAGCCCCUUGCAGCUGGCCGAUGAAGGUGCCUACGAGGUGGAGGUGUCCAUCACUGAUGACACAUUCACUGGAGAGAAGACCAUCAACCUCACUGUGGACAUCCCCAUCUCAAAGCCACAAGUGCUGGUGGCCUCGUCAACGGUGCUGGAGCUCAGUGAGUUCUUCACCCUUAACUGCUCACAUGAGAAUGGCACCAAGCCUACCUACACCUGGCUGAAGGACGGGCGGCCGCUGAGCAACGACUCCCGCCUGCUCCUCUCUCCUGACCAGAAGAUUCUCACCAUCACCCGUGUCCUCAUGGCUGACGACGACGUCUACAGCUGCCUGGUGGAGAACCCCAUCAGCCAUGGCCGCAGUGUCCCCGUGAAGCUCACCGUCUACCGCCGCAGCUCCCUCUACAUCAUCCUCUCCACGGGCGGCAUCUUCCUCCUUGUCACCCUGGUGACUGUUUGCGCCUGCUGGAAACCCUCCAAGAAGUACGACUGCGGGGAGAAGCGGCAAGCGGAGACACAACCAGCCUCCGAAUACACCGAGCAGGACGAGGAGCGCCUGAAGCACGAGGCCGAGGGCCUGCAGCGCAGCGGCGAGCACGAGCGCAAAAACCCGGUGGCCUUGUACAUCCUCAAGGACAAGGACUCCCCAGAGGCGGAGGAGGAUUCACCACCCGAACCCCGCGGCACAGUGGAACCGGGUUACAGCAGCUCGCCGAUCCUGGCAGCAGGCCGCUCGCCUGGGCCGGUGGGGCGUUCCACUCGGCGCUACCAUCGCUCGCCGGCUCGCUCGCCCGCCUCGACCAGGACACACAGGUCGCCGCCGGGUUCGCCGGCGCGUUCCCGCGGUGCCCCGCGGCUGCUGCGGACUGCGGGCGUCCACGUCAUCCGGGAGCAGGAGGAGGCCAACGCCGUGGAGAUCAGCGCCUGA